AUGAGGGAGCCCGAUGAGGGCGUUACUCAGUUACCUGCAUCAAAAUUUGAUUCAGGGCAAACAGAUGUCACCCUCAUAUCAUUUCUAUCUAUUUCAGUGUUAAUUUUAAUCUCAGUUCAUUAUAUCAUCAAAAAUUUAUAUGAUGGUGAUAUAAUUUCUUCACACGAAGGAUUACAAAUAUCAGAAAACGAAAAAACCAACUACAUAUUACUAUUGAUACAUUCUCCAACGACAGUUCAAACUUUUUCAAAUUUUUAUAUUGAUAUUUUAGGAUCUAAAGAAAAUAAAGACUCAUUUGACGUUGACGCAGAUAUAUUAUGCCAGUGGGGACAAGCCCCAACUACAAUUGCAAGGCAAACUCUCCCAGAAGCCGUAAUUGGAAAAAAUAGACUUUAUUCGACCGGAUUAUUUAACUAUGAUUCCGUUUUAUUUCAAAUACACAUACAAGGCAAUCUAUCCAAGCUAGAUGGCCUCACCAUUUCCGUUAUACAUCAAAAUGCAGAAUUUUUUAACCAAUGCAAAGUUAUUCGCCAAAGUUUCUCGUAUAUAGGAAUCGCUACUCUCGUGAUAUACUGUAUAGUUCUCAUAUCCAUUAGCCAAAAAUCCCGUUCUGUUGACCACAUUUUAGUAAUAAUUUCUUUGACGAUUUCAAUAUUCACGAACAGCCCUGACCUUUUAGAAGACUUAAUAUCGAAUUACAUCGCAAAUUACUCGCUUUCCUUGCUUUUGAGCGGUUUUUAUCAAUCUACGAACUUUGUUAUAUUAUUAUGCCUUGUUAUACGUGCAACGAGUUCAGAUUCGAUAACGACAACAUGUAUAUUAUCUCUUUUGUUCAUUUUUGCUGACGGACUCUCAGAAUUAACUUAUGAUACGUCAAUUUUGGCAAAAUACUUUGACAACAACACUACAGUAUGGGUUUUCUUUUUUACAAUGUCGACAGCAGCAAAAGGAACCCUUCUUUGCAUCGCUUUAUGGAAAAUUCUGAAUUAUAUCUUUGACCGGAAUAUUUCAUCGCCAACGGUUAUUUACUUGAUUACAUAUGUUAUUAUAUAUCAAUAUAUAUCGUUUAUUGCAAACGGAGCUUUUUAUUUAAUAUACGGUUACGGAAGUAGCUCUUUAGACUUUAAUACUAGAUACUUAUCGCAGUUUAUUACGACUAUGGCCAUUGCGGAUAUUUAUUGGCCAACACAGAAGAAAGUUGGACGAAAUUUGAAUAAUACGACUAAUCCAACAUAUAGAGAAUUAGAUACGGAUAAAUAA